GCCUCGUGCCCGCGCCGGUCGGUUGGUGGCGCCUUUGUCCUACGGCGGGCAGGUGGGCUGACGCGGAGGCGGCAGCGGGGGGCCUGGGGCGUAGGAGCGACCGAGAGCCCGCCACGCUGGUAGCGAUAUUAAUAAGGCAGCGGAAAGAAGAAAUAUGAAUACGGCUCCAUCAAGACCCAGCCCCACACGAAGGGAUCCAUAUGGCUUUGGAGACAGUAGAGAUUCAAGACGUGAUCGAUCUCCAAUUCGAGGAAGUCCAAGGAGAGAGCCUAGGGAUGGCAGAAAUGGCCGAGAUGCCCGGGAAAGCAGAGAGAUUCGAGACCCCCGAGACUUGCGGGACCACAGAGACAGAGACAUUCGGGAUCACAGAGACAGCAGAAGUAUGCGUGAUGCUCGGGACAUGAGGGAUCUUAGAGACUUUCGUGAUCUAAGAGACUCUAGGGAUUUUCGAGAUCACCGGGACCCUAUGUAUGACAGAUACAGAGACAUGAGAGACUCCCGAGAUCAUAUGUACAGGAGAGAAGGCUCUUAUGACCGAUACCUACGAAUGGAUGAUUAUUGCAGGAGAAAAGAUGACUCUUACUUUGACCGUUACAGAGAUAGCUUUGAUGGGCGAGGCCCUCCUGGCCCAGAAAGUCAGUCGCGUGCAAAAGAGCGUUUGAAACGUGAGGAACGACGUAGAGAAGAGCUUUACCGCCAAUAUUUUGAGGAAAUCCAGAGACGGUUCGAUGCUGAGCGGCCUGUGGAUUGUUCUGUGAUUGUGGUCAACAAACAGACUAAAGAUUAUGCUGAAUCUGUGGGGCGGAAGGUACGAGACCUAGGCAUGGUAGUGGACUUGAUCUUCCUCAACACAGAGGUGUCACUGUCACAAGCCUUGGAAGAUGUUAGCAGAGGAGGGUCUCCUUUUGCUAUUGUCAUCACCCAGCAACACCAGAUUCACCGCUCUUGUACAGUCAACAUCAUGUUUGGAACCCCACAAGAGCAUCGCAACAUGCCCCAGGCAGAUGCCAUGGUGCUGGUGGCCAGAAAUUAUGAACGCUACAAGAAUGAGUGUCGGGAGAAGGAACGUGAGGAGAUUGCCAGACAGGCAGCCAAGAUGGCAGAUGAAGCCAUCCUACAGGAAAGAGAACGAGGAGGCCCUGAGGAGGGCGUGCGUGGGGGCCACCCUCCAGCCAUCCAGAGCCUCAUUAACCUGCUGGCAGACAACAGGUACCUCACUGCCGAAGAGACUGACAAGAUCAUCAACUACCUUCGAGAGCGGAAGGAGCGGCUUAUGAGGAGCAGCAUCGACUCUCUGCCUGGUGAGCUACGUGGCAGGGCCGAGGCCCGAUUUCCCGCCAACCACUCGGGGCGACCUCGGGUGCCUCGCUGAAGACACAGCCAAGCCCCCAACCGCUCCAGAGCGGACAAGUGCUCCCCUCUGCUACACCCACUCCAGCUGCACCCCCCACCUCCCAACAAGAGCUUCAGGCCAAAAUCCUCAGCCUCUUCAAUAGUGGCACGGUUGCGGCCAAUAGCAGCUCUGCAUCCCCCUCAAUUGCUGCCGGAAGCACCCAGAACCAGAAUUUUUCCACAGCAGCAAACAACCAGCCUCAGCAAAGAUCACAAGCCUCUGGCAAUCAGCCUCCAAACAUUUUGGGACAGGCAGGAUCUGCUCGGAACAUGGGCCCCAGGCCUGGGGCUCCUUCGCAAGGGCUCUUUGGCCAGCCUUCCAGUCGCCUGGCACCUGCUAGCAACAUGGGUAGCCAGAGGCCUGUGUCUUCCACAAGUAUCAACUUUGACAAUCCAAGUGUACAGAAGGCUCUGGACACCCUGAUCCAGAGUGGCCCUGCUCUUUCCCACCUGGUUAGCCAGACCACAGCACAGGUGGGACGGCCCCAGGCCCCCAUGGGAUCUUACCAGAGGCAUUACUGAGGCUAAAUCUUUCAACUGUCCCUAGUACCCUCAUCCCUUGGCCUCCUCCCACUUACUGCGUUCUAAAUAAGAGUUGUUUGGAGGAUGUUCUUUGCGCUCUCCAGGUCUACGUCGAAUGUCAUAAGUUUCUACCACCUGCUCUCCUGCUCAAGGCCGUGUUGUUUAUUCCUUACAAAGUCAGUUUAUAGUGCAUUUGGGGCUGUAUCUAUUUUUGGUUUUGUUUUUUGGUUUUCUGUAGAAAAUAAAUCUCUGGGGUCACUUGGGCAGUACAAGUGUCUGGGCUCAGUUUAUAUUUGGUGAGAUUUCUCUGGUCCUUCUGUCUGCUGAAUUUGGGAGAGGAAAGGAGGAAGCCAGGCCCAACUGGCUGAGUUUGGAAUGGCAUUUGUCAUGUCAGUGGGCACCACCUUUGCUCACUUUGAACCUCCCAAGUCUUUCCAGCCUUACACAUGUCAACCAGAGCCCUGGCUCCUUCCCACAGUCCGUGCCUAGAGUUGUAGAGGAGCAAACGGGCGUUGGCAGGAGCUGCAUCAUUAAAACCCCAACCCACACGUUUGGGGGUCUCCUGAAAGUUUCACAAACCAGCUACUCUGGAUUGCUGAGGACUUGCCACAGAAGCCACAAAAGAAGGAACUUUUCUGCCUGAGUCAAGAUGGUUUUUUGUUUUUCUUUUUUUUUUCCUUUUUGUUGGAGGAUCGCCAAUGGACUGAACAGCUCCAGUCAGCAGCAGUUUAACCCAAACUGUGAAUCUGGGCCCCACCACUCUUCCCCCUCACCAUUUCUGUCAGCAUCCCCCUCUCCAGCGGCACUUUCAGAGUCGGUUCUGAAACUCUGGCCGUGAACAUCCAUUUCUUCAAUGAUUUGUUUUGAGCAUUUGGCUCAAAAAACUAGGCUCUUAUUUUCAUCUAGACUUAUUCUGUUUUCUGAGCAGCAGGAGGUAGGAACCAUUUUGAUGUCAGACUUCCAGUAGCUGGACAUGUUGUCGAGACAGACGGCUGUUCAUAACUUUUGAGCCAGAGUGAAGUUAAAAGGAAGGGCUCCUGGAUGUUUGUUGCUCAAGGUGGAGCCACAGAAAGCUGCCCUCUCCCUAGGCAGUGUGCUCAUUGGAGCCCUGAGGAUCACAGUCUGGAGGGCCCCAGCAGGGGUGAGGAAGGGCAGCAACUUAAGCUGAGUCCCUGACAGUUGCUGAGCAAACAAUGGUUUCAAAACUCAAAGUCCCCAAAUGGCAGCAUUUUAUGUUCCAACCUGUUGUGUUAUAUAGUGUUUUGUUUUCCCUCUUUGGAACUCUUGUGUUGUUAAUAAGAUGAAAUGAUUACUUUUUAA